AGGCAUCUGCGUACCUUCCUCCCAAAAAAAGAUCCUCCUGAAGCUCGGUACCAUCGUCUAUACCGCCCUGGAUUACAACCUUCCGUUGAAUGCGACCUGUCAUAUGUCCCACGAGCUGGAACAACUGAUCGAGUUCAUGACGGCAGAAGACAACGAUGACGAAGGUAUCGAGCACGACUCGGAGGAAUCGAUCACGGACGAGGACGAAGCAAUGGUGGCCGAUCACGAACAGAAUGACGAUGACGACGACUUGGACCCGAACAUCCAAGACUCGGACGAUGGCCACGUCGAGCUAGACGAGCUAGCUUCGGAUGAGUUAGACAAAGCGGUAGAGGAUCGACUCCGGGAUUCGGAAGUCCGAUUACGACGGCACACCAAUCACAAUCGGUCCCGCUUCGCCAACUUUCAUCAAACCCAUCUCAACGGUCUGAAUUCCUACCACCAUCGCCAUGGUUGUAAAAAUCUGCUGAACAAUCACCGACAAUGCAAUGGGGAUAGUGGCGGAUGUGGGAUUGGCAGGCGAGGGAGUGGACCUGGCGAAGAUAAUCUCUGUCCCAGCAGUAGGAGUAGCAAGAAAAAAUCUCAUCGUAAAACCAAAGAACUGGAUCGGGUGCUUUCGUUCUGCACCUCUCGCGUGUCCCACCCGAAGCCGGAAGAUCACUAUCGGGCCGUGUGCCGAGCCCUCGCUGCCGAAACCCUGGAGCUACGAACCUUCCUUCGGCGGGUGUACGAAGGCGAUGCCGAAGUGCUACGACUCAAAGCGCAGGCCGAAACUUCCGGCAAGGAGCUGGAAAAGAUCCACUUUAACGACUGGCUGGACGAAUCCAUGAUUUGGCAAGCUAUACAAGCUCGAUUUUGGAUGCAAGUGGUCGAGGAGCUGCGAGAGGGCGUGCGGUUGAAAAAGAUCAACUAUUCCCGAACCCCGAUCGAGUACGAGCUGACGCCGUACGAAAUUCUGAUGGAGGAUAUCCGGUGCAGAAAGUACAAUCUUCGCAAGGUGAUGGUGAACGGUGACAUACCGCCGCGGGUGAAAAAAGAUGCCCACGCCGUCAUUUUGGAGUUCAUUCGAUCAAGGCCGCCCCUGCGGAAGGCUUCGGAACGGAAGCUUGCACCUCAACCCUUGAGACGGGUAACAUGUCCCCGGGAGCAACUGCUCGAUUCCAUCCGAAAAGGACGAGUACUCAAGCCGGUGCAUUCGAAGCUGAAAUCAAGACGUGUUGCCUCCAUGAUUUCCAUCGUCAUUCCGAACCUUUUCGACAGCCCCUUUUUACCGAGCACCCAACUAGAUAGUGAUAGGAAAUUAUGUGAUGAGGUGGGAACCAGCAGCAGUGGUCCAGCUUCCAGCAGUAGUAUCGGCAGCGGCAGCACCAGUUCGGGGCCGGCAUCCAUGACACCCAGAUCGUCGGCUGCCACAAACAUAUCCGGCACGAUGGCGGCCACCGGAAGCAGUGGCAUGGCUUCGUCGCUGAAUGCGAGAUCUUCAAGCUCCCUGAUGUACUCCAACUCGCCCCGCAACACACUAAGACUGAUACCGGUGGACUUUUCACUGUUUGAGGAUGACGAUUUUAUCAUCGACACGGCACCGAACGGCGAUACCACGAUGACAAUGACGAACGGCGGUGGCGGCAGUUCCGGUUCACGGGGAGCGAACGGAACCUCCGGUUCCGGUGUAGGACGAUACGCAACCCUAGCGACGGUCGGCAAGCGCAAUAGCGGCGCUUCGGGAACCGGCAGCAUCAACAAUGAAAACAACCAAAACAAUAUCAACACCGUACUAAAGCGUACAAAAAACAUCAUAACACACGACGAGUACCAUAGGUUCUGUGAUAAAGCACUAGAAACAUACGACCUGGCAACACAGUGCGAAUCGCGUAGGGCUUCAAUGCGACGGCAUACCAUAAUAGGUUGCAACCAGAACUACAAACUUGACCAUCUGAACAGUCACUCGAUGCCACCGUCGAGACCUUCCUCCAGACAAUCGGAUCACAAUAGCCAAAGUCAGCAGACACAGUCUCAACAACAACAACAUCAGAACCAACAGCAACAGCCAAAUCCGGCCAGUGUUGCCAGCACCAACGGAAGUACAAGCCGGCUGACGGCAGUGGGACCCGGAGAUUUGGUCGGCGGAAGUAAUCUUUCCUCGCUGGAUACCUGGACUAAAAAUUCGCUAGACGAGCACCAGUGGAAGAACACUUUCAACCUGAACGAUCGACUCUCGCUAACGUUGGAGGAGAUCGUCCAUAUUCGCUCGGUCAUGACCAAAGCCGAACUGGAGGGACUUCCGGUUGACAUCCACAUCAAGGAGGAUGUCGAAAAGCGGAAGGUGUGCUUCCUGUGUUUACGGACUCGUUUCACACUGUUUGCGAGAGGAAUUCUGUGCAAACUCUGCCAACGGACAGUUUGUAAUAAAUGUAACCAAAAGAUGCGAAUACCGACCGAACAUUUCCGUAAUGUUCCGGUGGUGCUCCUGUCCCCAUCGUUGAUGAGCAGCCCAUGCACCUCGAAUACUCCCUCACCAAGCCAUCAUGCGGCACACCACGGUUCCGGACCGCACAGCAUGAUGGACGAAUCGUUUCCACGAUCGCUAAUGGAGCGGCUUCUACGACCCGAGUUAGACCGAAAGACUCGCAACACCGUCGGAAGUGCCCCGUCGUCACCAAAGAAUCAACGCUCGGCGUCCAGCACCCCGGGUACCAGCCUGCAGGGUGAGCCCCUGUCACUUCCGAUGGCAUCGCAGCCGCAUUCCGCGAUCGUGGCUGCUGCCGCCAACGGUGCCAAAGAAUACAACAGUAGCAAUAGCAAUGGAGCGGUGUCCAGUAAUGGGGGUCCAAAGAGUGGUCCGAACUCCAUCAUGUCCCGCAGCAUGGAGGGUCCGCACAGUUUACCACCGGCCAGUCCGGCACGGCCUCACUCGAACAGUAGUACACUGGAUCGGAGUGCUUCCAGGAACCGAUUCGCCAAAGCGUUCACCCUGUCGGCGGCCGCAGCAGCCGGUGGUGGAUCCGGAAGUGGCCCAGUCAGCGGAACCAGCGGCUUCGAUCCGCAGAAGGAACGACUUACCGGGGAGCUGAUGGCCGUGUGCAACGACUGCCGAUCGCUGGUGCUCGAAAUCAUCCGGUCCUCGCGGCAAACGCGAUCCUCGGCCCAAAACCAGGCACUCCGGAAUUUGACCCUGGAUCUGUCCCCGGUGUACAAGCGCUAGAUUAGUCUUCUUCCCUCAUCCAUCCCCAACUAGAGAGCAACAGCCCCAAUGUCACAAAACGCUCUGUACAGGAACAGUUGUUUCCAGGGUUUGUGCGUGUUAUAGUAUCCUGAUUUUUUUUCUUGGAUCUAUGGAUUUUGGAAAUAUGAGGUAACAUCUAUUGUUUUAACGAGAAUUAUCCAAAGCAAAACAGAGUGCACUGAAACAUUUGUUAAAUGCUCUGGAAUCAGAGUGUGAAAAAUGAGUGAAAAAUCAAAUUUGACUUCACUAGGAAAUUGUAAAAAGUACCAUAUUGAAUUGUAAUUAUUAUUCUUGUAGUUAAGUUGGAUCUAUACAUUCAUUCUUUGGCAGCAGUUUUACAGAGCUGCUAGAGAUCUUUUUAGGAAGUUCUUUUCAUUUGUACUGUUUUGAUAGAUUGAAAUCGAGAAUUCGCUAACAUCGAAUGCUGGAAGUCUGUUCGAGAUUUCAUCAGCGGCGUUAAAAAAGAGUCUCACGAAAAGAAUAUCUGCUAUUCUGUAUCGAGAAAGUUUUAAGCUCAAAAUUGGAUUCGAAAUUGUUUGAAGUUUAUUCUUAAUUUUAUGCCUGUUUCUUGAAUUUGAUUUUUCACUGUCGCACAAAUCUCGCGCGGUUUAGUGUAGGCUCCAGUUCAAAAACGAUCCGAUAAGGUUGUUGAACCACGAAGUUCGCCCAUCUAUGUAUGUAAACUGAACAGAAAACAAUAAGCAUUAUGUUCACAUACCAAAUAACUCAUAAGAAAAUUCUCUUACUAAACAUCCAAUGGUAAACGCUUAUUAGCAGAUCAGAAGAAGAAAGUAACACAAAAAGCACCUUAUCGAAAAAAGAAUUUUAGUCAAAAGGUUUGUUGUUUGUUGUUGGUUGAACUUUAUAGGGAAGAAGGUUAUCUGGCAUGUGAAACUGGAUCUUUCGAAGGUAUAUGAAAUAAAACACUUUAACCAAAUUAGUAAUAACCGUGACUUGUUGAGAAGAAGGAAGAAAUAGAUAUCUAGACAAACAAAUGCAUUCACCUGAUCGAUAACUGUACACACGUUUCGCUUAUUGGAUGCUUUACUUGGCACUUUUUAAUCAAACUCCUUCAUCGAUUAGUUAAAAGCCAUAAGAGUUAAAUUUUCAAGUGAUUAGCACAUUUUUAUCUAUAAAGUUUCCAGGACAUCUCCAGUUUAGUAUACUCAAAAACCUAACAUAAAAAAUGUCUCAAGCUAUCAAAAUUCAAAGUUAUUUCCAGUUUGAUAGAUUUUUUGUAGAAAUGCACAUUUAGGAAAAAAAUAAAAGUGUUUUAUUUCCUCGGAGGCAUCGACCUCAAAUCGACUGAUAGAUACCUUUUUGGUUUUCGGAAUGAGAUAAUCAUUUUUAAAUGAUGAAAUUGACCAUGUAAAAUCAUAUCCAUCUACCAAGACCCCCUUUCUCUCAAGAGAAUAAUCAUUUUUGAAGAAAAAAUCUAUAUCUGUAGAGUGCUAAGUUUCCCGGUAAAGUUCUACAGUAAGAAAUUGUUUGUACUCCAAUUCCAAUCAUCCGACAAUAUUCAUAACCUGAACCGAACAUACACCCAAACGAUACUCAUACAAUUAAGAAAGGCAAGCAGGCGUAAUGUGGAACAAUAGUAUACUAGACAUUUGGGUUUUCAACUAUUCAAUCUUAACAGAGCCCUUUAUUUUCACCAAGAGAAAACAACAGCAAUCUUUUAAGUUUUAGCUUUAGAUUCCCACCUCGAAAACGGAAAUCAACAAUUAUUUUCCUGUUGUGCUGCAGUCAAUCUUUUACUACAACAACUCAUUCACACAAAUCGAACCGAGGCAGACAACUUCAGCUGAACGAUUGUGAGAAUGAAACACACAAAUAUUAGUUCUAUUAAUAUUUACCUACCUACUGUAGCGAGUUAAAUUUAGCCAAUUUAGCGCACCGAAAAUAAACACUAACAAAAAACAAUCCUAAGCCCCCUAAUAAAUCGUGAGUAACUGUAUUGAUGAAAAUUUAAGAAAAAAAACUUAAACCCUAUAGUUUACCUCCAUGAAGAAACUCAUUUGUGUAAAUUUGCAGUUUUAAAACAUAGAUUAAUAUAUAUCAAAGAGCUGUUAAAUUGAUUAAAUUAUCAUAAUAUGAUGACUAAAUAAACUUG